GGCAAAUUACUUCGAUUCCGGGAGGAAUGGAUGAAGCAUUCUUCAGAUGCAUGGGUCACAGAAAUAGUGACAGAGGGUUAUCAUUUAGAUUUCUCAAGCACGCCACCCGGAAGAUUCCUCAUGUCCAGAGUCCCCCACUGUGCUCAGAAGGCUCAAGCCUUUGUACAAUGUAUAGAAAAGUUGGAGCGAUCCGGGGUAAUCAGUCCAGUACCAACCAAAGAGAGAUUCUCCGGUUUUUACUCGAACCUAUUUACAGUACCAAAGAGGGACGGUUCUCUCAGACCUGUGCUCGACCUCAAGGGUCUCAACAAAUUCAUCCGAUCAGUACGGUUCAAGAUGGAAACGUUGAGAUCUGUCAUUCGAGGGAUGGAACAGGGGCAACUGAUGAUGUCCCUGGACAUAAGGGACGCAUACCUGCAUGUUCCAAUUUGGCCCCCCCAUCACCGCUACCUACGAUUUGCCUUCCAGAACAAACACUAUCAAUUUGUGGCUCUCCCAUUCGGAUUGUCGUCCGCUCCCAGGGUUUUCACCAAGUUGAUGGCGGUGACAGCUGCAACGUUGAGACUGCAGGGGAUUUCCGUGACCCCCUAUCUGGACGACCUCCUGUUAAAGGCCAGUUCAGAAUCGAGGGCCAAGGAGCAUCUAAACCAAGCAGUUCGGCUACUCCAGAGUUUCGGAUGGACCAUCAACUGGUCGAAGUCCAGCCCAGAUCCCAGUCACAGGAUGAUAUUCCUCGGCCUGGAAUUCGAUACGAUCACACAGACUGUAACAUUACCCAUGGACAAGCAGGCCAGGAUCAGAGAUCAAGUUCAACAUCUUCUGUCCAGUCAAAGCACGACAGUACACAAGGCGAUGCAAGUACUGGGAACAAUGGUUUCAGCCAUCGAGGCAGUUCCAUUUGCGCAAAUACAUCUUCGGUCUCUCCAAGCCAACAUUCUAACAACGUGGAAAGGGGGACCUCUAUCCCGCCCCAUGUCCUUGUCACGUCAGGCGAGGGCGGAAUUACAGUGGUGGAUGAGAUCGGAGAAUCUAGCUGCAGGUCAAUCGUGGGCAACACCGGAGUGGAUUGUGAUAUCAACAGACGCCAGCCUCCAGGGCUGGGGGGCAACAUGGGACGAGCAGUCUGCCCAAGGGCUUUGGUCUCCAGAGGAAGCCAAACUACCAAUAAAUAUUCUAGAGCUGAGAGCGGUAAAAUUGGCCCUCGUCCAGUGGACAGACCGAUUCAGAGAAAAGCCCAUACGCGUCCAAAGCGACAAUGCUACGACAGUAGCGUACAUAAAUCGUCAAGGAGGGACACGAAGUCGGGCGGCCCUGGCAGAAGCCAGACAGAUUCUUCUCUGGGCGGAAAACAACUCAGUGAAAUUAUCUGCAAUACACAUUCCAGGAGUGUCCAACACAAAAGCGGACUUUCUCAGUCGGAAUCAGCUGGAUCCAGGAGAAUGGGAACUGCAUCCAGAGGCGUUCAAUCAGCUGACAGACCAGUGGGGAAUCCCCAUAAUAGACUUAAUGGCUUCCAGAAACAAUCGAAAAGUACCAAGAUUCUUUGCCCGCCGCAGGGAUCCGUUAGCAGUGGGGGUGGAUGCCAUGACUCAGAGCUGGCACUUCAAUCUAGCAUAUGUCUUCCCACCUCUUCCAAUGCUACCAAGGGUCCUCAAAAAGAUAAAGCAAUCUCAGUUGAUAGUCAUUGUAGUGGCACCGUAUUGGCCCCGGAGGACCUGGUUCACCGACCUGCAGGAGAUGUCAAUAGAACAGCCGAUCCGGCUGGACAGCAGACCAGAUCUCCUCCUGCAGGGACCCAUAUUACAUCACAAUCCCGGACUCUUCGCUUUGACGGGAUGGCUGUUGAAAGGUCCAUCUGGCGACGCCAAGGGCUAAAUGAAGAAGUCAUUCUCACUAUGAUAAAAGCUCGAAAAGCCUCGUCUUCCAAAUCAUACCACAGAGUGUGGCAGUCUUACCUCAAUUGGUGCAAGGAGUCUCAUUUUCCAUUCCUUGAAUUGCAGCUACCACGGAUCCUUUCCUUCCUACAAAGAGGACUACAAUUAGGUCUUAAGCUCCGCUCGCUCAAGGUCCAGGUAUCAGCCUUGUCAAUCCUGUUUCAAUCUCGUUUGGCGAAUGAAGACUUGAUACGCACGUUUCUGCAGGGAGUGGCCCAUAUCGUGCCGCCAUUCCGUACUCCGGUGGCUGGCUGGGAUCUCAAUGUAGUGUUGGAAGCUCUGCUGGAUCCACCAUUCGAACCAUUGUCUUAAAGAUAAAGCCGUUCUUCGUACGCUUCCAACCUUUCUACCCAAGGUAGUUUCAGACUUUCAUAUGAAUCAAGAAAUUGUGGUUCCUUCUCUAUGUCCGGAACCCAAGAAUG